UUCCUUGAUUUGCUUUAAUUUUCCAGUUUAAUUUUUGUUUUCAUAUUUAUCAAAAUUGUUGUUAUACUCACAAAAAAACCGCUGCGCUGCCACUUACCCCAUAAUUCCAAGCACGAAAAACUGUUUACUUAUUGAAUUUAAGGUGUAUUCCUAUCUAACCUAUCAAAAUGGAGUUGGGUAACGGUGACCGUAAUAAACCGACGCAGAAAUCUGAUGCAACCCGCACAGUAAAUGAGAAUCAAGCAUUUAUGGAGGACCUAAAGAAAUAUCGAAACAAGAAACAAGAAAAGUUUUUCGGAGAUCUAAGCUCAGUUAUGGGACCUAAGUGGUAUCAGAUUUUAAGCCCGGAACAAAUAAAGUCCUUAGAUACCUUAACUUCUACAAUACAUGACGACAUCUUAGAGGGAAGGCCUACCCGUACUGCCAAGGUAUUAAAAGGUCUUGGAAUAAUGGAUCUACCCAAUGCAUCCAUCAUCUACAACUGUGUAGAAAGAGGCCAAGAGGAUCCAAAGAAAAUGUUCGCUCAUCUAUUUCGUCUAAGGUAUAAUCAUAAUUUCGAUUUAAAAAGACGAGAUUACGACUACAAUGCUAAACUGAUGCUAUCAGCUUUAUAUCACCUUGGUCGAGAAAACUUAGUUGAACAACUGAAGCAACGAUUCGCCGCACCCAAACCGGAGCCGGAGCCGGAGGCCACGCGUACAAGUGAGAGUGAGAAGCCGAAGCCCAAGAAGACAAAACCUAAAGAAGUAAAAGACAGUAAUCCUUAUGCGCAACCAGUGAAGAAGGCGGAGGUGUAUGUUCCGCCGGUGGCGAAGCGUCCGCCGCCGCCGCCGCUGCCGGACCUCGACGUGCUGGACGAGCCCUACGAGGACGAGCCCCUCGCGCCCCCCACCCCGCCGCCGCCACCUCCCCCUCCACCCCCUAAAAAGCGACUUGACAGCUCUAUAUGCGAUAAGGUAGCGAGUAUUCAACAACUAAUACUUCAAGCUGCAACCACAGAAACUUCUAACAAUGAAAUUAAGCCCAACGAAAAUGAUAAGAGAGAAAAGAGCAGAAUGAGUAGUUUCAUCAAAGCUAAUAAAAGUGAAGAGAAACCGGAGAAAAAGAAAUAUGGCAUGAAUUUUAAAGAGAAUUUCGUGAAAAAAAAGGUAGACAAAAAGCCAAAAAUGCCUGAAACAAAUAUGUGGAAUCAUCAACAUCAUAUCGUUGGAGUACAUCACAUAGAAGGAAAACCGUUUUAUGUGUUAGGAAACAUCCAUGUGUUGCCUCCGCUAGGACCUUAUCUCCACCUAGGGAUAACAAUGGUCAAAGGAGAAGCUAUUAAUAUAAAUGGUGGUGUCGUCGCAUAUCCAGCAGAUCCAACGCCGGAACCAUGUGACUGUAUGGAACAAUAUUAUGAUUCUACAAUCAAAUACUUGAACGAGUCGAAAUGUAAAUGUGGCCAUUAUUACGACUUUUAUCAUGAAGGGCCAUUUCCUGAUUAUGAACCUAUAUAUUUUCAUAAACCUACACCAUAUCAAAGGGGGCGUUUCGAUUACGAAAACAUUUUCGAGUUUAAUGAAACUAAGAUAAUAAUAAAACAGGAAUUUGAAGAUUUCUGGGAAACCGAUAGUGUUGUCGGCGAAGGAAAACCAAAAAAGAAGCGAACAAUGAGACCUAAAGCUAUAGAACAAACAAAACAACAGGAUGUAACAACUCACCAAAUAAUAAGUCCGUCAUCAGGAUCCAAAAUUAAUCAAGUAGAGCAAAAUAAAUCUCACAUACAAAAUACGUCUGAACCACAAAAAAACUAUAAUAACCAAGGAAAAUCAAGUAAAUAUCAGCCACCAAUCGACGCUAAACCACAAGAAACUAAUAAACUUAUACAACCAGAACCAAGUAAACCUCAGCAACAAGAAAAAAGAAAAUCUAUCGAAGACGGAACUAAUUUCAAACAGCAAGCUACAGUUAAAUCUAACCAGCAAAAUGUAAAUAAAACUAGCAAUGAGAAGAAACAAACUUCAUCAAGAGGCGCGAAACCCAAAAGGAUAGCCAGUGCACAUAAUGUGAAGAAGGAAGUGACUACAGAAGGCACCGCUGGGAAGCCGAAGACAUGUUUAGGAGACAACCCUCAGGUGCCGGACUACUUGAAGUGUUCGCUGCGGCUGAUGCGGCGCGACAACCUGGCGGCGCGGCUGCCGGACCUGCACCUGGCGCCCGAGCUGCACGAGUGGAUGCGCCACCGCCUGCACGGACCACUCACCCCGGAGCAGAAGGAGAAACUCGCCAAGAAAACCCAGAAAUUCGCAGAGUUGUACACGCGCGCCCCCAAACAGGCCGCCCAAAUAAACCUCGACGAUCCACUGUUCUCCACUCCCACCACUUGGGCUGAUGCCGGCAACCUCAAGAAGAAAUUUGAAAACAUAAAAAAGGAUUUUAAAAUGCAGGUCUUCCUCCAACAGACGGAAAUUGUAAAUACUUUUUGGGCAUCAAUGAAUCAAACUCAGACACCUAAUGAAAGAUUCCGACAAAUAUUCUUCGCGUACCUUCAAGGAAGUCCUGAUAACGUGCAUCUCUUCCGUCCGUACAACCCGAGCGAGUCUGAAGAACGCUAUUUGCGUAUGAAUAAGAGACGUUACAGGUGCCCAUUGAGACUCGAUUAGUACCACUGUAAAUGAUUUUAAAAUUUACAUGAAAUAUUAUUAUUUGCACUGAUA